AGGGAGGGAUGGAAAUCAAAAUACUAAGACUAAUAAUCGAUUUAUUUUUCAGUAAGUUAAUUAUUGUUUUUUAUAAAAACAAUAAGUUUUUUAUAAAAACAAUAAGACAAAUCAAUAUGAGUGAGACCGUGGGGGAAAAUAUCUUCAUUUUUGUGCCAAAUAUUAUCGGAUAUGCAAGGAUUAUAUUGGCAAUUAUUGCCUUUUAUUUCAUGCCAACAAACUAUAUCAUUGCUUCUACAUGCUAUGUGGUGUCUGCCUUGCUUGAUGCUUUUGAUGGACAUGCAGCAAGAUAUUUCAAUCAGGGGACCAAAUUUGGAGCGAUGUUAGAUCAGCUGACAGACCGGUGUGGCACUAUGGGAUUGGUAGCUGUUUUGGUUCACUUGUAUCCAAAAUACAUGUUUCCAUUAUUGAUUUCUAUGUGUAUUGACGUAGCAUGUCAUUGGAUUUAUUUGCAUACGUCAAUUUUACAAGGGAAGCAAAGUCACAAGUUCAUUGAUAUGUCGGAUAAUCCAGUAAUGGGCAUCUAUUACAGUAACAGAACUGUUUUGUUUUUUAUGUGUGCUGGUAAUGAGGCUUUCUUUGCUGCACUAUACUUGUUACAUUUUACUGAAGGACCUUUAGUGGCUGGCCUGUCCCUGUUCAGAAUCAUAUUGUACUUCUCAGCUCCGAUUAUGUUGUUAAAAACUUUUAUCUCGCUAUUACAUUGCGUAGUUGCAGCUAAAAAUCUUGCUAUAAUUGAUGUAAAUGAACGUAAGAAACUUUUAAAGAGUGAAUAAAUUAACCUUUCAUAUUGAAUGUAUAAACCACAUUUUAAUAAACGGUGAAUCUAGUUUCUUUGGCAAGAAAAAAAUUCCAGAAAUAUUAAUUUAUUGCUAGUAUUAUAAUUGAAGCCUAAAAAACCAUAUUGUAAUUUUUAAUAUGACACUCAUUCUUGUGAAUUAUAUAAAAACUAUAUGUUCACAUUUUAGACAAAUGUUAACAUGAUAAAUAAAAUGUGUCAGCUAGU